AGCAAAGGAGCUACGACCGCGUGGGCUCAGCAUACACACAGUUCUUUCCCGGAGAGACAUCAUAGCUUGCAGGCAUGGCAGUUGCUCAGUGUUGGGAUGUACAAAUGAUCACAAAAGUCUAUGUUUAGUUCCUUCACCCGAGCCUGUUUUCUCUGGAAACGCGCCAAACAUUUCACCGACUUCCUCAACUUGGUCCAAUACAAAGCUGGACUUGCUGAACGUCUGGAAAAGGAGUCCGGAUCACUACCAACUCUCCUCGGCUCAGCUACAAACCUCGGACAAGCCAUCUCAUCAAGUGCUUACAUUCAGCAGCUUCUCUCAAGGGAUGUUGCCUGCCAUACAGACCACCUGGAAACACAUAGGAAACACACGGCUAUCCUUAAAGACUUUGCGGACCCACUUUACAAGUGAAGCCUUUGGAGACCGUAGCACUCAGCGCGGCGCCACCUCGGAGAGUCUGGGUGUGGACGGCCCUGGCUCCUCCCACAUGUCCAGUCACAGCGGGGAGCUGCGGAUCCUGAGCGUCUACGGUAAAGGGGAGGGCCCACUGGCGGUGGGCGGCCAUGACACCCUCUUCACCGCGUCAGAAGUGGAGGCCCUGAACUCGCUGUCUGCGGACCACAGCGAGGCCAAGAGCCUGGAGCGCGGCGAGCGGCUGGUCUGCCGCGAGGAGCUGAGUGUGCAGCAGACCCCAGACACCAUUUCAAUCAAGGUUGAAGAGGAUAUUGGUGGAGACAUGCACGCUGUAGAAGACGGCAGUGACAUCAGAGACUGCAGCACGCAGCGCGGCGCCACCUCGGAGAGUCUGGGUGUGGACGCCCCUGGCUCCUCCCACAUGUCCAGUCACAGCGGGGAGCUGCGGAUCCUGAGCGUCUAUGGUAAAGGGGAGGGCCCACUGGCGGUGGACGGCCAUGACACCCUCUUCACCCCGUCAGAAGUGGAGGCCUUGAGCUCGCUGUCCGUGGACCGCAGCGUGGCCAAGAGCCGGAACUGCAGCGUGCGGCUGGUCCGCCUUGAGGAGCUUCACAUGAGGACCCGACCAGACGAGAAGCCGUACGGGUGCGACCAAUGCAAGAAGCGCUACAUACGGGAAGACUUCCUGAAGAUCCACAUGAGGACUUGCUCUGGGGCGAAGCCCUACAGCUGUGACCAAUGCACGAAGCGCUUCAGUCGAAGUGAUCACCUGAAGAGCCACAUGAGGACUCACACCGGCGAGAAGGCCUACAGCUGUGACCAAUGCACGAAGCGCUUCAGUCGAAGUGAACACCUGAAGAGCCACAUGAGGACUCACACCGGCGAGAAGGCCUACGGGUGCGACCAAUGCACGAAGCGCUUCAGUCAGAAAGGCCAACUGAACGUCCACAUGAGGACUCAUACCGGCGAGAAGCCCUACAGCUGUGACCAAUGCAUGAAGCGCUUCAGUCAGAGCAACUAUCUGAAGAUCCACAUGAGAACGCACUCCGGGGAGAAGCCCUACAGGUGUGACCAUUGCACGAAGCGCUUUAGUGAAAGUGGACACCUGAAGAGCCACAUGAGGACUCACAUCGGCGAGAAGCCCUACAGGUGUGACCAAUGCACGAAGCGCUUCAAUGAAAGUGGAAACCUGAAGAACCACAUGAGGACUCACACCGGCGAGAAGCCCUACGGGUGUGACCAAUGCAUCAAGCGCUACGGAUGGGAAAAAUCCCUGAGGAUCCACAAAAUGACUCACUCCGGGGAGGAGCCCUACAGCUGUGACCAAUGCACGAAGAGCUUCAGUCAGCAAAACAUACUGAAGAACCACAUGAGGACUCAUACCGGGGAGAAGCCCUACAGCUGUGACCAAUGCACGAAGAGCUUCAGUCACCAAUGCGAACUGAAGUACCACAUGAGGGCUCACACUGGCGAGAAGCCCUACGGGUGCGACCUAUGCAUCAAGCGCUACAGUCAGAAAGGCCAACUGAACAUCCACAUGAGAACGCACUCCGGGGAGAAGCCCUACAGGUGUGACCAAUGCACGAAGCGCUUCAGUGAAAGUGGAAACCUGAAGAGCCACAAAAGGACUCACUCCGGGGAGAAGCCCUACAGGUGUGACCAAUGCACAAAGAGCUUCAGUCGAAGUCAACGCCUGAAGAACCACAUGAGGACUCACUCCGGCGAGAAGCCCUACAGGUGUGACCAAUGUACGAAGAGCUUCAGUCAGCAAAACAAACUGAAGAUCCACAUGAAGACUCACACCGGCGAGAAGUUUAAUUUCUAACGCAAGGUUCGUUUUAUUUCUAACAUUAUGGGAAUCAGGCCCUUGGUCCUAAAUUCCGAACUGCCCCUUUAAAGGGAUGCUUUGAACCCUAUAUCCAGGUGCUGCUUUUUUUUUUUCAUCAUGAUUAAACGCUUUCCAACUUUUGAUUCGCCAUCUUUUUAUUUUUGAGAAAUUAUGUCAGUGUGAUGAAGAAUGACUUAGUUCUAGGACACUUCUGACUGCAAAACAUUUGAUUUCAUUUUAGAGCUUAAUCAUGGGAAGAAACAGGCAGCAAAGUUACCAAGAAUUCGUUCAGUAAGUUCAAUUGCAAAUGCAAACUAUCUUAACACCUUUCAAUUAGAGGGGACGGAAGGUAUUUCUAGGUCCAAGGAGAAUGUAUAUAAAUUACUUUAAAUUGACUAAUAUAAACAGGGUUUAUAUCAUUUGUAUACAAUUGUAUAUUGGAGUCACGUUCGAUAUUUCCACAACUAUGUCAUUACCUCUACCUUUGUUAUUAGAAAAAGCCUGCUAAGUUCAGCUGUAAAAUAGACUGCAAUUAAACCCGACAUUAUACAUGAUUGUGUUCGUUUCACUUACCUUUUGGCAUGUCCUUCAUGCCAACUACCUCUUGUUUUGACUUUCUAAUUGCUGUCUUUCUACUGCCAUUAUUUACUAGUUCAUACCUUGUAUCACAAUAGGCAGUUAAUUUCUUUCAGAUCUCAACAGAAAUUGUUUGAAUUUAACGUUUUCUAUCGUUUCUAUGGUGAUUGAUACUCUUCAGACCCGUUCACCCUAAAACGACUUACAGUACAUAGAUACAUGUGAUUCAAGGAGUAGGUAGGGGUUAGACAGUGAAUAAGGAUACAUGUGAUGAAGCAGUAGGUAGGGGUUAGACAGUGAAUAAGGAUACAUGUGAUGAAGCAGUAGGUAGGGGUUAGACGGUGAAUAAGGAUACACGUGAUGAAGCAGUAGGUAGGGGUUAGACAGUGAAUAAGGAUACAUGUGAUGAAGCAGUAGGUAGGGGUAGACAGUUAAUACAGAUACAUGUGAUUCAAAGAGAAGGUAGAGGUUAGACAGUGAAUACAGCUCCAUGUGAUUAAGCAGCAGGUAGGGGUUAGACGGUGAAUACAGAUAACUGGUAAUAGUACGGAAGAAUAUAACCCUACAUUUUAUGGUAAACUACGAUUAUUAUUAGGCCUUUAUACAACGGGUGGCUUAAAUCCAGCGAUCUGAUGGUGCCUAACUGUUGUAUAAUGAGCGUAUAAGAUAACUGCUAUGACGCCCAAUCACUUUGUGAAAGUUUGCAUAUCACUCCGCACCUGGAAGUAGUUACAAAGUAAAACAUGUUGAAUGAUGGAGAGGGUGUAAAUGUUGUUACUCCGGGAGUGAGCAAGGCGAUGGAGAGACUAACGAAAGCUUAGGCACACGGCGAGUGAACUGCU